AUGCCCCCGCCAAACAACAUGAACCGCUUUCAAGGCGGGCCGAACACCAUGUACCAUCAGCAGCAAUAUCAGACACACGCACCUCAAACCUCGGGCCACCCACCGCCACUGGGUGGAAACCCUGCUUAUCUCAACCAACUGUCUGCCGCUGGCAAUCCUUUUGGAGCGACCAGCAACCUGAUGGGCCUUGCCGGUGGAAUGGGUGCCGCUGCUGGCGGCUUCAAUGCCGAAACCGGCCUCGCAAGCCAUGCCGCGCGAAUGGGCUUCCAUAGCGGGGCAAUGCAGCAGGCGCAAGCUCAACAGCAACAGGUUCUGCAGCAGCAGCAGCAACACCUGCAGGCACAGCAACAUGGCCAACACCCCGCUCUCCAUCCUGCCCAACACACUCCACAACAAAGCCAUGCCUUGGAACACACAACGCGGGCGGCCCAGAACAAGGGAAGGAUACGGGAGGUGUGGAAGCACAAUCUGGAGGAGGAGUUUGAGAUUCUACGAGAUCUGAUACAGACACAUAAAUAUGUGGCUAUGGACACGGAAUUUCCGGGUGUUGUAUCGAGGCCAAUGGGCGGAUUUAGGGGGAAAAGCGAUUACCAUUACCAAUGCCUGCGGACAAACGUCGAUAUGCUCAGCGUUAUUCAGAUCGGAAUCGCGCUUUUCAACGAGGAUGGUGAACAACCAACUUCUGUAGACCCAUCGUCCCAAUGGUCAAACCCUAGGAGGACAGGCACUCAAGCGCCACUGCCUUUCGCCUGGCAAUUCAACUUCAAAUUCUCUCUUGAGGACGACAUGUACAACGAGACCUCGAUUGAAUCACUCCAGCAUGCCGGUAUCGAUUUUAAGCGAAUGGAGCAGGACGGCAUCGAUCCUUUCAAGUUCGCUGCGCUCUUGAUACCAUCUGGCCUGGUUCUUGAGGAUGAUGUAUAUUGGAUCAGCUUUCACGGCGGAUAUGACUUCGGUUACCUGACCAAGCUCUUGAUGCCCAAGAACCUUCCCGGCGACGAGGGCGACUUUGACGAGGAGAUGAAGAGGUGGUUUCCUGCCACGUAUGAUGUGAAGCACCUGAUGAAGCAUGCCAUCAAGCUUCAGAACAGCGGCCAGCUUGAAGUCCGGGACCCUGGUGUGGUCGAUAUUCUGACAAAGUUCGAGCAGAAGGCCGGCCUCGAACACAUUGCCGAGACACUCAAGAUCAAGCGAGUAGGCAGCGCCCACCAGGCUGGGUCGGACAGCUUGCUCACUGGGCGAGUAUUCUUUGAGUUGCGAAAGCGCAUCUUCAACGGCCACAUUCCGGAAGAACAUCUGGGCAAAGUGUGGGGAUUGGGUGUGCCAGACUAUUCCAUCGGUGCGCAGCAGUUCAACAGCGGGCAACAGCAGUCCACGGCCAACAAGAGCAACAAUGCCGAUGGCUCAGCUGCGAAUGGUGCUACCCCAAGCACGCCCAACACAAACAAUGUUGGACUAGCCAACAACACCACGCCGGCCCCAGCAUCCCAUCAAACCAAUGGUGUGAACAACCAGUCAAACAGUAACAAUGCUGCUGCCGGGUCUUCUGGCGGAAAUGCCGCCCAGAGCGUGGGUGGAGGCAUGGGUCCAAUGACACCUGGAGGGGGAGGAGGAGUAUUUGGGGCGUUUGCUUUUGGUGGCGGAAAUACCAACAGCGCUAGAUAG